AUGGGCACCAACAUGAACUUGAGUUUGCAAGUCACCUUGGCCUUCCAGACACCAACCAUGCAAUCACAAACACUCGCUUUGCCUAUUACUGUUUCAGUUCAAAACACUGCAGAUGUGCCUGUCACCAUCCUGAGGUGGAAUACUCCACUGGACCCUCAGGCUGGUGUUUUAGGAGUGUUUGAGCUUUCUGAUACGACAGACCAAGAGCCGCUUGAUAUCCCCCGUAUUAUGGUAUCACGCAAGCUCCCUGCCUCCGAAGAGGAUCUUGUGGAGAUAAGGGCACAUGAGACUCUAGAUGUCGAUGUCAAAGUGCCAGUCUCUGGCCUUAAGAAGGGUCAUCAAUAUUCUGUUCGCGCACAAGGAACAUGGCAUGCUGUUUGGCCGACCGAAAUGUCAAAUGUCCCUCCGUCCGAACUCAAAGCCAACAAGGGCACAAAUGGUGGUGAAUUUUGCUCCAACAAUUCCUAUGUGAUAAUCGAGUGA